UGUAGUUUUUGUUUUAAACGGGCAUUUUUUUGAACAAGUAAAUCGCAUCAGUAAAACAAGUAUGGAGACCAUUGCAGAACAUUGUAAAAACUUUUAUCAUUUUUAUCAAAUGAAUACACCGUUUGAUGUAACCUUGGUAAGCAAUAAUGGCUUAGAAAUUGAAGCACACAAACUUGUAUUAGCAUCUGUAAGCUCUGUAUUUUGUUCGAUAUUCAACGGAUCAUUUAGAAAAAGUGAAGUUAUCAUAAUAGAAAUGGACUAUAAAAUCUUGAAAUCUCUUGUAAAAUGCGCAUACACAUGUAGACUUAGUAUAACGGAUCACAACAUUGAGAAAUUUUUGAAAGCUGCUAAUAUGUACGAUUUAAACUAUAUGAAAAAACGGUGUCAUGAGUUUAUUAAAGAAAAUAUAAAUCAUACAAAUUGUGUUAGAUUUAUGCAGACUUCUAAGUUUUUAUCAGACAAAAUAAUUUACAGAUUUUGUUGGUUGUACUUCUUAAAGAAUUUUGCUACCAUUGUGAACUCAGAUAUAGCAUUAGCAUACCUAUAUGAAUUUAAUUUUUAUGAUGUCGUCGAAUUUAUAGCAAAUGACGAUUUAGUUAUUGACUCUGAAGAUAAGAUAUUUGAUUUUAUUAUUGGUUGGAUAAACUAUAACUCAAAAAAAAGAAUGCACUUGUUAUCGGAUCUCAUAAAAUACUUACGUUUGAAUUUAAUUUCAAAAGUAGGACUUAAACGGAUCUAUGAUGAACCUUUAGUGAGAAAAAAUAAGGAUUUAUUGUACAAAAGGACAGAAAUUAUUAAUUUACUUUUCGAUUCAAAUCAUCCAAAUGUAUCAGGAAGAAACUUUUCAAAUAUGUCUAAUAUCAUUUUUGCAAUUAAUGGUGGUACAAAAAACGGCCAGUUUUGUGUAAAGUAUAUGGAUAUUAGAAAUGAGGAUUGUUUAAAAUGGAAGUCAUGCGAUCAUUUAUUUUUUUGUCCUCCCCGUAAUUAUACAAGUAUGGUUGUCUCUGAAAAUGGAAUAAUACUUGCAAUUGGCGGAGUUGAUAGCUCUGGUAAAGAUGUCAAUCUAGUAGAUGAACUAAACCUUAAGUCCACAUCAAAACAAUGGGUUCCUACAACACCACUGAAUCGACCUCGAAUAGAUUUUGCUGUCUGUACACACAAACAAUACAUUUAUGUCAUCGGAGGCGUUGACAUCUUAGCCCGACAUCGUUUAAAUUCAGUAGAAUACUACGAUACAAUUUUAAAAGUAUGGAAAAAAAUUAAACCAAUGCCCACUGCUCGAGACUCGUGCAGUGCUGACAUAUAUGAGAAUCAAUUAUAUGUUUUUGGUGGAGAUAACGGAAAUGAUCUUGCGACUGUCGAAUGCUACGAUUUUAAAGAAAAAUGUUGGAAAAUACUCAAUCUUAUGCCGAUAUGUAAUUGGGGCAUGAGUAUAAGAAGAAUAGAAAAUGUAAUUUAUCUCAUUGGUGGUAAUAAGGCACCUCACCGAGUUUUUAAGUUUGAUUUACAUGAUUUUAAAUGGGAUGAAAUGCCUAACAUGCAAUUGGAAAACCAAUAUGAUUCAUCAAGUUUGGUUAUCAAGAAAAACGACUUAUUUGUGUUUGUCAAUUAUUAUGGAGAUAUUCAAUGUGAAAGAUACGACACAGACAAAAAACAAUGGCAAUUAGUUGACAAGGCAAAAAGUUUUUCCGAUCGAUUUGAAUAUGGUUGUAUUAUUCAUUUUAAUGAUAAAACCCUGAAAUCAUAUGGUAUUCACUUAUAA